AAACCGAUUUCUUGUUGCUAAGGUAUGUUAAGGGAAAAUUCGUAUCCAAAUUAUAAUACUAGCGAAAAUGUGGAGCAUAAUUCAUGAAUUAGACCGACCAAUUUCCCCUCAACAAAGCGACUGUGCUCUAUGUUUAUGUCAUCUGUGGUUUUGUUGUCAGUAAAUAAUAUAUUCAUUUAAGCCCCCGCAUUUGUCUAUGUAGUCAUGACCAGAAUUCAUUCUGCAAAUUUCAGAAAGAUUAAAACACCAUUAAGUGUGAAAUAUCGUUCUAUCUUCCACAUGAAGCUGGCGUUAUUUUUAAGAAAAGUUGCAACUAUGUUCAAUUUGUCGCAGCCCACGUUUCAACGUCCAGGCAACGUCGAGUUUUAAAUAAUUUAAAAUCUCCAGGCAGCUCUUAGUUAUAAGCCUGGCUAUGUAUUUUUAUGUAUUUUCGCUUCGAGUUCGUUUAUGCAUAUGAUCAUUUUAAAUUUUGUCGCGGCAAUGCACUUGCGACGACCGGACGAUUUCAGAAUCGUGUGCGAAGCUAAGUCCGGUACAAUUCGUCCUUACGAGAAUUCGAAGGAACGUUACUGCAUGGUUAUUUUCGAGUUCGUCUGUUUAACGUACUACUAUUUUGAAAGCAACUGUGAACAUAUAUAAACGUUUCUCCACGCGGUUUUUGUACGUCCCUUCCUAAUUGUUUUAGUGUAAAUGUAUAAAAGCGACUGACGUUUUAGAGUUAACAAAAGUAUGUUUUAACCCCCGAAAUUAUGCGGAUAUAUACAGCUUCCAAAUUGUAGUUGUACAGACGUUAUAAUAUUAUUUAAUAUUUGCUGUAAAAAUCGAUAAAGAAAAAUGCUACAUUUGAUAAGUCGGUCUAAAACCUCGCUCCUAUACAAAACAAUAUCGGCACGGAACCUACAAACGUGUAUGAAAGGAAUGGCAAUCGUGUAUGUUUGAACUUUGAAACGUAAAAUAACCGCGUACAAGGGUGGAAAAACGUUGGCAGUCACGCCUGCUUCCAAAUGGUUGUUCUCCGUGUGAACGCGCGAAACAAAAUCGUGCUAAAUUGAGUACGGUUCCAAUUCAUCCGACAGCGUAGGCGUCAAUGACAAUAAAUUGUUCCGGCACAACACUGCAAUAUUAAACUUUAAGAAAUUUAAUUAUACUUCCACGAAAACUGGAAUAUAUAGGCAUUAUAAUUAUAGGAAAUUCACAACAAUCCGGUUUGUUACAUCCUAUUAUUGGGCGUAUAAGGACGAGAUAUAUAUUGGUCUAUACAGCGAACCUUUUGUUGUUCCCUUCGAUAUAAUCGCUGAGCUAGUUUGACUGAUCAAUAUUUUUUAUAAAAAAGUAUAAUUAUAUAACCUUUGACUUUGUGUGUAUGUAAUUAUUGAUUUUUUGACGUAUUUGAAUUGUCGCUAUUGCUCUAAGCGAUAUAUAAAUAUAUAGUAUAGCAUAUCACAUUGUAUAGUGCAUGAAAAGCAAGUGCGCAUUAUUCUGAAAUUAAAAUAAACUGCCAGCAGUUUGAUCUUUUGUUGAUCCAGCGUAUUUGUCAAUAUUGCACUUCCAGCUUUGUCCUUUUUGAAUACAUAAUGAGUCAGAGUGUGAAUUAUCAUGAUAAUUAAUUGAUUGCUGAAAUUCAACGCAGUUUUAAUUUUAUACGCCAUAUUAUUUCCUCAUUAUAACAUUUUACAGUGCAGUGAGUAUGCUAUUGCCAUAGCGUGCGCACCAUAUACUACUUCGUGAAAACUAGGCAUGCUACAACUCCACUCCCAUACUUAUAGCUGCGUUAAUUGUUUUAAAAAAAAAUUAUAUUUUUUUGAAAUGUGUGAGCAAGUAAAAAGCAGCUGUUCGAUCGGGCUCGAGGCUUAAGCUCAUGCCGACCACAGAGAACGAGUUGCAUCUCCAGACCACGGCGGGCAAGAUGGAAGGACAGAUCGAGCCGAAUGAAAAAUAACUGGCAGAUUUGCUACCUCAGAAUCUGUUGCAAAUUACUUGCCAGAUUUCGCAACAAUGGCAUAAUCGCGCACCUAGAAAAUAACAGUUGACUUUAGACUACGUUUCAAUCCUUCAAAUAAUCGUAAACGAACGGUGCAAUGGGAACUAAAAGUUGUGCCUGUUGAGGCCACGACGGCGAAAUUGUGUCUGCGAAAUUCCACGACGGCGUAAUUGUAGUUAAUUGUGUCCGCGAAAUAUGGACGGUUGACCAUGAGUGAUUAUUUUGGCACUUCAUUCGCUUUCGCAUGCAGUGAGUACAACUGCAUGCCUUCUAUACUCUCUAACCAGCGAUGUGAAAUUCUUUCUCGCGGAGCCUAAUUUAUCUUCAUUGCGCAUGCACGAAUUCAUUUCGUGCGAAAUGUUUUUCAUUUCGCCGAGAAAAACGAAUCAAAACAGCGGUAGUUGACAGUACGAAGACAGGCUGCGAAUACUAUAACACAGCUUCCCAUUAAAUUAAACUGUCAAACUUGGUAGCAAUAGAACUUGCCUUGACCGAUCUCUAACUCGAUAUCAUGUAAAAUAUAAGUACAAAUGGAAAAUUUUAAAAUCUGUGGGUAUUACUCAAUUAUCUUAUCCUUUAAUAACUGCUCCCUGCAAGUAAAGCCAGAGACAAAAAGUCAACAAGGGAAGUAACAUGUUUCGUAUAGAAAAGUCUUUCGUGGGCCGUGUCAAUUUCUAAUUGGUCGAUAAUUGUAUACGUGAAAAUUUGUCAUUAUAUAUGUGCAUAUGUAUUUUAUACUAUUAUUUCUAAGAGCGCGAUGAGAAGUUCGAUGCUUUCGUAUCGAUUAUUGAAUGGGUUAAUAAAGGCCAGACAAACCAAGCGCGAUUCGACAAUUUUUCGAUUUUCAUUGACAGGUAACUUUGACCCUGCAUGCAUGGUUCAAUUAAGUUUUUGUUUAGUUCCAGUCACACUUGAGACGUCAACGAACAUAAAUUCAAGUAGCUACAACAACUCGAUAAAUUACACUAGGGCAUCUUUAUUACUAUUUAUAGUUUCGUAUAUAAACCAUUACACAUUAUACAUUACAUAUCACGAGUAGAAUGUCAGGGGGAAAAAAUUAUAUACCAAAUUAUAUAUACCAAAUAUAUACUAUUAAUAUAUACCAAAUUAUAACAUAUUUAUCUGUUCCAAUAAGUUCCUCAUUUUAGGCCGCGUUUUCCAUUGUGAUCACUAUACACCUGCGCCGGACCACAGAGAAGAGAUAUACAGAGAGGAAACUGACACUCGAUAACCUCAAUUUUUGUGUCACGCGUUCCACGCGCCACGCAAAAUCUUCCAGCCAGUGCCGUCGCUGAAAUUUCAUAGCAAAAGAUAGGGAAAACGCCGUUCGAAAAGUGAAAAUCGCUUUUUUUUUAUAAAACAAAUGAGAUACCCAUGGAAGUUUUGUUCAAUAAAUUAUUGUAGAAUAAUGGUAAGCGAUCACUUUUAUUGAUUUCUUUUUAUUAAAAGUGUUAACAUAACAUUUUAUUUUGCAAAAGUUUGUUUUUUCCCUAUCUACUCCUUAUUAAAAUCGUGAAAAGCACUGGCUGGGAAUUUCAGAUGCUUAUGUAUAAAAAACAAAGCAGCAAAUUAUAGAAAUUCCUCAAAAUAUGACUCUUGCAUAAAAAAAAAACAUGAAUACUUCUAUAAGAUGUAUAGUUUUUUCCUCUGCUUGGUCAAAAUUUAAUAAAAUAGUGAAUUAAUAUAAUUUUCUAUAGUUAAUAGACUGAAUAUAUCGGCGUGACACAAUUUGCCGCGUGUUUCCUCUCUGUAUAGCUCUUCUCUGUGGCCGGACGAGCGAUCUACACCAAGUAUGUGCAUAAGGGCAAAUAAAAAAUACUUGGUUAGCGUCACCGCCCGCCUGUUGAUUUCUGCCGCCUCUGAAUUUUUUAAAUUUUUUUAAUGUAAAUCUCUUCCUUUUACAGUUUAAAACAUUUUAAUAUUUGAAAUUUUUGUCAUACUCAGACCUUCGCGCUAUAUACUGUCGCGCGUGGAGCGCGUGGGCUUGGGUACAAGGUUCUUGUAUCAAAAUGGCGGCCUUCGCAACAUCAAUACAAAAAACCGCCCCCUUCCCCCCCCCCCCAAAAAAAAAAAAUACUAUUAAAAAAUUUAAAAAACGACUAAAAAUUUUAAAAAAAACGCCCUCCCGCCUCUGAAAAUUCAUGUGAGAGUGUGACGCUAACCAAGUAUUUUUUUUUAUUUGGCCUAAUCAGUUGCGUGGACACGCCAAGAAAGCUGAAUCGGCUUGCCCUCAAGCACUAAAGCAAAUUGAAAACUGUUACCUAGACAACUACUGCACUUGUUUAAAAAUGUUUUUAAAAUGGAAACGGCCAUUAAUUUCACGUUUUUAUGGAGCGUGCGCUUGAAACAUCGUUUCAGUAAACCUGUCCGCAAACAGUACCUUAGAAUACCGUCAGGUCAUGCAAAAAUUACUGGGAAAUCAUGUAACCGAUCUGUCUAUCAGAACUGUCUUAGAGUCUGUCGUAGUGUAUAUAUUUGCCUCUUAGUGUUCUAUAUAUAUUGGAUUUAACAACUAACAGGUUCUGAGCACUGAUUGAAAGAUAUGUAUAUCUGACAUGAUUUAUAGCUAUUGUUCUCGCCAUAAUUACCAGCAGGUGCAUGAAACCAAAUGUAAAAUUUAUCUAGUUAACUUUUGUAUUUCCAUUUCUAACCAGCCUAUCGAAUAUGUUUUGGUAAGUGUAAAACUUAGAAGUUUUGUAGUAAGACCGGAUAGCGCUCUCCAACAGGUAGUAAUUUUUCAAGCUUCUAAAAUUGGCCUAUUGAUUGGUAUGACGCAAUGAAACUUUACUGUAGUAUAUAUAAAUUAAAGUGUCUUUAUAUCAAUUGCGGGGGUUCGUAUUUGUAGUUUAAAUUUUUCAAAUAUAUUUUACUGCGGUUGUAACAAUCACUAUCCGCGGUGGAGAGCUACCGGGGCCUUCAUACAACCGGUCCCUCUUCUUCAUUAUAAUUAUAUUGUUACAAAAUUAUUUCCAUGAUUUCGAUAUUGUUUUAGUUUUAGCCGCAUGCAGGAAAAGCAAAUUCUUGACUAUGGCUGCCAAACUAACUUCUUGCUUUACUGAUCUCAUUAUAGUUGAUCUCAAUUAGCGACUAAGCAUGGGGAUCUGACUAACCGCUAUAUAUUUGACUUUUAGACGUUCUGGUGGGUAAUAUUCAUCAUGGCGGAGACAGACAAAUUGACUCUUGAUCCAGAAAAGGGAGAUCGUGAAGGUAUUAUUUAGUAAUCUUCAAACCGAAAUUAUACCUUUUAGUUAGUUUGACAAGAUAUAGAUUAUAUUUACAAGAAAAGUACAGGUUAAAUAUUAAGCAAAGACGGACAGAUGAUGGAACGGGACUGCCUAAAUGAUGGAAGAGAUAGACAUGCACAGAUGACGGAAAAGACGGGCGAUGACGGAAAUAUCAAGAUUUUGUUGGCAUCUCACUCGAUUGAUUAGAUGACGGAAAAGACUAACAGAUGGUGGAAAAGACGGCCAAAUUAUGGAAAGAGCAGGCUAAGUGAUGGAAAAGAAAGACAGAUGAUGGAAAAGACAAGACAAAUAUUGGAACUGACGGACCUAAAGAUGGAAAGGACGGAGAGAUGAUGGAAAGGACGACCAAAAUGACUGAAAAGAUAGACAUAUGAGGGAAAGGACGCACAGAUGAUGGAAAAAACAGAGUAAAUGAUGGAAAUGACGGACCUAAAGAUGGAAAUAACAUAACGGACCUAAAAAUGGAAAUGAUGGACCUAAACCUAAAUAUAUACCUAAAGAAUGGAAAGAAUGGGCAGAUGAUGGAAAGAAAGGCCAAUGCAAAUUAUGGAGAGGACGACCAAAAUGAUGGAAAAGAUAGACAGAUGAUGGAAAAGAAAGACAGAUGAUGGAAAAGACAGACAGAUGAUGGAAAAGAUGGGCAAAUGAUGGAAAGGACGCACAGAUGAUGGAAAAAACAGACUAAAUUAUGGAAACGCGUCCCCCUCCACGCUUCGCACGCUUAUAACAAGACUGGCAGAUUACGGGAAAAAAACGGGCAAGUGGUAAAGAAGACGAGCUAGUAAAUGAUAGAAAAGGCUGGCAGGCUAGAUGAUAGAAACGUCGGACAGAUGAUAACGACGAAACGGACAAAAUGAUGAUAACGACGGAAUAAGUUAUUUUUAAAAAGAAGAGUAGAAUUAAGUAUAUAAUUAUAACCGACAGGCGUUACGUUUAUAGCACUUGUUUUCAGACUUUGCACAUACAGUGCCUGCAAGUACACUAAGUAAAUAUUUGUGUAAUUUUCUUUUUUAUGUUUUACACAUGUAGCGAAAUAUUCCAGUUAGGCUAACAGUGAGCGUGCACGUUUUAUAAUGAUAUCUUCACUUGUAUAUUACAGAGGAGCCGCCUAAAAAGAAGUCAAUGAUGGAGGAAAUCAAGGAAGCCAAGCAGCAAUCGGCAAAUUCCUUCAGCUUUGCAAAGAUAUUUUGUGGCAUCGUUUUUGGAUCAAGUAAGAUAAACUGCUCGUUGAUGCUGAGUUUUUAUAGAUUGUACAGUAUUACGCCUUUGAUAGUAGUGCAGUGGACUGUAGGUUGUGUAAUUUUAAUGGAGACUGCGUAGCUUGAGGGAACUAGUUAUAAACAACGACAACGACAACGACAACGACAACGACAACGACAACGACAACGACAACGACAACGACAACAACAACAACAACAACAACAACAACAACAACAACAACAACAACAACAACAACAACAACAACAAACAACAACAACAAACAAAUGCAAUUUUAGGCCCAAGGCCCUCUCGUGCAGCGCUCUAUGCAUUUUAACCACGUGCAUGUACAAAUCGCAGGACCUCGGGUUCGAUUCCUGCCGGUGGGCCCAAAAUUGCAUUUUUGACAACUGUUUUUGCUUGACAUUUUCUAUGUUGGUGUAAUGUACUCAGGUGAAUAAGAUGCUUGUGAUGUUACUCUGAGUGUAUAUCCACACCGGGCAGGCUUGAAAAAUAUGCCUGGCCACGGUGGGAAUCGAACCUACGACCUUUGGAAUACUAGCCCAAUGCUCUGCCAACUGAGCUACGCGGUCAGGUCGGUUCGAGUAUGAAAUAUUUCGGAAAUUAUAUAUAAAUUUUCGUUGGAAAACAAAAUUUCCAUAGAACGAAAUGCCCACUCAUUUUGAUCAAGUAUAAGCUGUUCGAUACGAGAAUUAUCUGAACCAAUGCAUGAUGACAUUGGCAUGGCCCAACUCUAACAGUAUUGAACUAUCCGAGACCAGAAGUAUUUUCAGAUCAAAUAAUUAAUCAACUAUUGUUUUGCUAAUAUCUAAAUAAUGCUAAAUCAUAAGCAAACAUAUUAAACUUUUGACCUGACCAUUAUUAUCUGCAAAUAAAUUUAUAUUUGAUAUACAUGCUAACAAACUUAAAUAUCUGGAAAACAAAAGCAAACCUCUUGAAAAUCUGUAAAAUCCAUUUAACAUAAUAGUUUUAAAAGUUGUUUUAAAAUACGAAUGAACUUAAAUUUUGUUGUCCAUAAUUGGUCUUGAAUGUGUGAUACGUAACCCUAAAAUGCAUGGAUACGCCCUGCAUAUUACUGACGGUAUAAUCUGAUAUCUAUUAUUUUUAUUUGAUCAUAACACAAUCCUUGCAAUUGUAUAACAGGUAGGGGUUUGCUGGGAGGGUCCAGGGGAGUGCCCGCUCUUCCUAUCCUUGACGAAGGGUGGUAUAGAAAGGGGUGCCAAUUAAUUUUCUAUCAAAUCCACUUUUUGAUUUCGAAAUGCAAUUACAAAAACAAAAGUAAAGACAAAGUGAGUUAGUAUCAUGAUUGUGAAGUUAUCAAUCAAGACUACAGACUAGUGUCUUGCUGCCUUACCUCCUAUAAUGGUCACUUGGUCAACUGUCGCACAUUGAACCAUGACCAAAACUCGAUAAGCCCACCCUCUCCCCCACCCCUGCCUGAUCUGGUUGGAUCUAUCCCUGCUGUAUAACAUUAAUACUAUUCAGCAUGUAGGAACAGAUCUAAUUAUUUUAUUUUGUAUUACUAUUUUAGUAAUUUGGACAGUAAUGCUGGCAAUAUUCAACAUCAUUCCCAUCACUAUCAUUGUCAUAG